AUGGUGUUGUACGUCUGGGGCAACAAAGAAACAAGUAGGAGGGUGGUAUUCCGAGGUGGGAUCGAUGAUGAUGAUGAUGCUCACAGAGGUUCAACAACCAUCAGUGGUGGGAAAGAACCAAUCACCAAUGUUUGCCUCCAUGGUGGAGCACUCAUUGUUCUCAAAGAAAAAAAGAAGAAGAUAUUGCGUACGGAAGUAGAAGGAAACAUGAAUCGGAAUUGGAAUUGUGCUGAUAAUCCGAUUGAAAUUGAAGAUGAUGAAGAUUGUGCAGUUGAAGAUUUUAUACAGGAAAAAAAAUCGAUGGAGGUUCAUAUGUAUUUGAAGAAUUCAAUUGAGAUACAUUCCAGUAAAUCAUGGAAGAUUAAGAAAGAUCCCGAAGAAUUGGCAGAUGACGUUAUUUCAAGUGAUGAUGUACUUAGCAAUGGGAAAAAAAUCAAUGAAGAUGUGAAGAAGGCAAUUGAGAUUCAUUCUAGUAAUUCUUUGAAGCUUAAGAAAGAAAUAAUUGAUGAUGUACUUCGCAAGGGGAAAAAAAUCGAUGAUGAUGCAGGCAAAUGUGAAGAAGGCAAUUGA